UUGUAAAGGUUUUCACCCUUGUCUUGUCAAGGCAAAAGAAACCCUAAUGUCAGAGCAAAAUUUGAGGAAACAUUUAUAUUGGGUUUUUUUUUUUGCACACGUGCCCCUAUGAUUUGGCAUGCCCGUGUUUACCUUCCUAUUUUUUUGUUUUAUUUUUAUUUUUAUUUUUUUAUUAUGAAUUUUCAAACCCCGCAUUGUGUUUCACAAAUUCACAUAUUUAUAAAAGUGUAUAAAUAAUUUAUCUGUUACUGUAUCUCUGUCCUUGAUUUUGGGUGGUGGUUGUGUAUUUGGCAUUCCAUGUACGUUAAGUCACAAUCUUAGGGAUAUACAUAGUAGAAAGUGACUGGGGAUCUUAUAGUUGUUUUUGAAAGUUAGCUGGAGAAAUGUAUAGACUUUUGUAAAAAACUACUGUUAAUUUGAGUCAUAUUUGUAAUGCUUAUGAUGGUCUUUGGUAGUUUUAUUGAUCGACUAAUCUAUGCUGCCUACAUUCAUCCCGUUCUUACAUAUAUCCUAUGUUGGUGUCUCUUAUGUUCAUUUGGGAUCUGCUUCUAUACAUAUUGCAAAUGCAUGAUGUCUUUAAUAUUGUGGAUGCAGAACAUGCUGACCACCAUCAUCACACUCAUGAUCCUGGGGUUUCUUCCGUCAGCAUAGUUUGUGAAGGCAAUUUAGAUCUCGAUAAGGCCAAUAUGUGGUUGGGUACACUAUUGUUGGAGCGAAGUGAUGAUAUAUAUAGAACGAAAGGUCUCCUAUCUGUUGAGGGUAUGAAUGAGAGAUUCGUCUUUCAAGUGAGGUAUACAUCACAUUACAUUGUACACUCAUCCCUUCAUCCCCUGCUAGGUGAGGUUCCUGAUGAAAUUCUAAUCGACAGAUGUGUCGGAAGGAGGCUUGAUCCGGUAACUGGGAAAAUUUACCAUCUUAAAAAUUUCCCUCCAGAGUCAGAUGAAAUAAGAGCAAGACUUAUAACACGGUCUGAUGACACUGCCGAAAAGCCAAAUAGUGUUGAAUAUAAUGUGAACUGGGACUAUUGUGGUGUCUAUUGAUGUCAAAUAAACUGAUGCUUCUAAAAUAUUAUGAGCCCAUAAUUUCUUCAAACUUUGUGAAAGUUUUAAAGAAAAGAUCAUGCUUAGGCCAAGGUAUUGUGUAUUUUCUCUCUUUUCGGAUGAUCUGAUGUAGUGGGAACUACUAUUGGAUAUGGAUAUUGUAUAUGGUGGAUCAUCCCAAUUUCCAUGAAAUUUUUUCUAGCUGGUUAUUUUUGUUCCAGAAUUGUAUAAAUAUUACACUUUUAAAUUAUUGGAUCAGAGGAGUAAUAUGUGAUUCAGCUGCGUUCUUUGCUUGGUACAA